GUAGGGCGGGGCUGGGGCAGGAUAGAGCCAGGGUUUCUGCAGCUGCACAGCAAGGCUUGUUACCCACCUUCAGGUCACAAAGCCAUGCUCCGGGUGCCUUGAUCCCACAGAAGCCCAUGGGGAGCCCCUGUCUGGCAGCCUCGCUCUUGGCUGUCCUCCUGCUGCCCACUGGCCUCUCUGCCCCUGCUGACACUGGCUGUGGCUACCUGCCUCCUAGGAUCACCCGUUGUCUACUGGCCUCUCACAUGGACCAGAGGUUCCCUGGUUAUAUCCCAGGCAAUCGAGGGGCUGCGAGGGGCAGAAGGCUAUGUGUGCCUCCCUAUGCAGGCCUUCAGUGGGGCUGGUUCCACCUCCUGGUACACAGAUCCGGACAGUCUUACCAGCUCAAGUUCUGCCAGGGACACAGGAUGCCAGCCUCUCCUCAGAAGAAGAUGCUAGGUAGCCACAAUUGGUCUGAGAAGAGCCAUCCGACUUCCAUUCCCUCUCCAUACCUCCCCCACAAGAGGCUACGCUACAGGAGAACCCAACCUUCAGCUCCAGGGGAAGUGGGCUCCCAGAGGCAUGGAGGGCCUGAGUUCACCUUUGAGCUGCUGCCUGAGGCUCGGGUUAUUCGGGUGACCAUUCCUCCAGGCCCAGAGGUCAGCGUGCGUCUUUGUCACCAGUGGACACUUGAGUGUGAAGAGCUAAGCGGUUCCUUUGGUGCCCAGUUGUCGUACAUGCCAUUACAUGCAGCUGGUGCCAGUGCUGGAGACUGGCCCUGUGCAGAGGUCCCCAGCUCUCUUCCCUUCACCCUGGUGAUGAUCACUCACAACAUCACUGUGAUGAGUGAAGACACCCUGAGGAAGCACAGCGGGAGCAUUGGAAACAGUGUCUCUGUUACCCGACCCCACGCUGAGCACCAGGACAGAAGGACCAGCAUGCGGAGCAGAGACAUUAAAACUGUGGCUGGGGGUCACACUUCAGACCUGCCGUAUGAAUUCCUUCUGCCCUGUCUGUGCGUAGAGGCAGCCUACCUGCAAGAGGAUACUGUGAGGCGCAAAAAAUGUCCCUUCCAGAACUGGCCCAAAGCCUAUGCCUCCGACCUCUGGAAGUCAGUGCACUUCACUGACCACAGCCAGCACAAUCAGAUGGUCAUGGCCCUCACACUGCGCUGCCCACUAAAACUGGAGGCCUACCUCUGCCAGAGGCAGGACCAGCAUGGCCCCUGUGAAGACCUCCCCAAUGCCACAGUUCGAGAGUCAGACGGAUGGUACGCUUUGGAGAAGGUAGACUUGCAUCCCCAGCUCUGCUUCAAGUUCUACUUUGAAAACAGCAGUCACGUUGAAUGCCCCCACCAGAGAGGGGCGCUUGUGUCCUGGAAUGUAAGCAUGGCCACAGGGGCUCAGCAGCUGAUCCUUCACUUCUCCUCAAGGAUGCAUGCCACCUUCAGUGCUGCCUGGAGCCACCCAGGCUUGGGGCUGGACACCUCCAUGUCCCCGGUGUACAGCAUCAGCCAGACCCAGGGCACAGGCCCAGUGACGGGGGCUCUCAUCAUCCCCUCCCCGAGGCCGGGGAGCUGUGUACUGGUGUGGAGAUCCGACGUCCAGUUUGCCAGGAAGCGCCUCUUGUGUCCGGAUGCCACUCACAGACGCCUAGGGCUCCUGACCUUGGCACUGCUCGGCCUCUCCAUCCUCCUGGGCGUUGCUGCGGUCCUCACCUGUCGGCGGCGGCUGCUGUCGGGCCCCGGCCGAGUGCGACCAGUGCUGCUGCUGCACGCGGCAGACUCCGAGGCACAGCGGCGCCUGGUGGGAGCGCUGGCCGAGCUGCUGCGGAUUGCGCUGGGCGGUGGGCGCGACGUGAUCGUGGACCUGUGGGAGGGGACGCACGUGGCACGCGUGGGCCCGCUGCCCUGGCUCUGGACGGCGCGGGAGCGCGUGGCGCGGGAGCGCGGCACUGUGCUGCUACUGUGGAGCAGCGUCGGCCGCGGCCCGGCCCGAGACCCAGACCCGCACGCCGCGCCCCUGCGCACACUGCUCCGCGCCGCCCCGCGCCGGCUGCUGCUGGUUUACUUCAGUCGCCUCUGUGCCAAGGGCGACAUCCCCCGGCCGCUGCGCGCCCUGCCGCGCUACCGCCUGCUGCGAGACUGGCCGCGCCUGCUGCGAGCGCUGGGCGCGCGCCCUUGCUCCCCGGGCCCCCGUGGGGGCCGCCCCGGAGAGCAGCAGGGCCUGCGGCGCCGCCUGGAACUGUGCCGCCGACUGGAGCUCGAGGCCCAGCUGGCCCGAGGUCCCGCAGAGCCCCGCCGCGGUCCCGGGGGCUCCAAGCCACCACUAUGAAGGCGCUGGCUGGAGCCCAGGCUCAAAUCCUCCUCGAGGCGCCCCUGAGGCCUCCAGGCCAGCCCAGGAGGCCGAGCCAGGCGCUGGGGUGCGCCUCAGGGAUCCUUGCCUCCAGGAGCCCUCUUCUGACCGAGAGAGAGCUGUCUCCCGGACUCCUCUCCCCGGAGCGCCUAAAGGA